AUGGGCACGGUCCACGGCCAUGAGUUCCCGGGUGACGCGCCGGGCAUUUGGGGCCACGUGAGCGUUUUGGAAGAUGGACCAGGCGUGAGCGUGUUGGGAGGUGAUGACUCGACCUAUGAGUUCCAGCUCCCUCCUUGCCACGUCCGAGAUGUCACCUGGGAAGACCUUCCAGCCGUCCCUGGCGCCAACGCUCCGCUAACGGUGCUUCCACCGCCCAUCGCUGAAGGCAGCCCGAGCAGGAAGGAGCAGCUGGCAAGCGAAGGGCAGGUGCACGAGGCAAGCAGCCAGGUGUACGAGGCGAACCAGGGACCAGUAGAGUUGAACGGCCGCCGCAAGAGUUUAUUGAGCCUUGGCGCUUUUAGACCAAGCACCUCGUUACCAGCAUCCGACUCUACAGGUCUCAUGGCUGAAAUGCCUGACUUCGUCAGGAUUGGCAUCAACUACUUUGGCUCCCCCCACGAGUUGCACGGCUGCGUGGACGAUGUGCAUCGGAUGCUCCCCUUGGUGAAGCACUGGGGCUUUGGGGAGACCGACUGCCAGCGGAUCCUGUUGGAUGCGCCAGACUGGCAAGGCCAGCGUCCGACCCUUGCCAACCUCCGCGCUGCUAUUGCCUGGCUUGUCCACGAUGCUCAGCCCGGCGACGCCUUUCUGCUGCACUACUCCGGUCACGGCGGCCGCGUGCCGCGCAGCGAUGGCCGUGGCGAGUGGCAUGAGACCUUGUGCCCUGUGGACAUGGACGAGGCCGGGAUGCUGCACGACAGCGAGCUUUUUGAGAUCUUGGUGAAGCCAUUGCCCAAAGGUUGCCGUUUGACCUGUAUCUUGGACGCUUGCCACAGUGCUGGGGCAUUAGACCUGCCCUUUAUCUUCACAGGAACCCUGCAGAACAUUCAAAAGGCCAUGGCCGGGGAAGCCAUUCAGAUGGCCUUGUCCAAGAACUGGCUCCGUGACUUCGAGCGUUGGAAAGUGGAGGACGACCCCAUGGCCUUGCUGGGUGAUGUGGCCUCCGUAGGCUUUGGACUCUGGGAUUUGUGGCGCCAGUACCGGGCGAAGACCCACGGCCAUCAGGACGACGGCCCAAACAACGCCAUUGAGACGGAUGGCUUCUGUUCCGACGAGCCUUUCAACGUGGGCCUGGCCUCGGCGGAGGUGGUGGCCAUCACGGGGUGCGCGUCGGACCAGACCAGCGCCGAUGUGAACGACGUGCACUCGCAGCCACCUGGCAGCUAUGGAGCUGGUGGAGCUGGAGCUGAGCUGGGCGAGAUGGGGUUCGACCUCCAUGGCACUUCGACCAGCGGACGCCUGGGCCGCGCGCGCGACGUCGGUGACGCGGGCGGCGCCUUGACCUCGGCGCUGAUCGAAGCGAUGGAGCAGAUUGAUCUGGCGGUGAGCAUCCUGGACUUGUUGGAGCAUUUGCGCGCACGAUUGGCGGAUGCGGGCUUUAGCCAAGUCCCUCAACUGGCCUCCUCAGUGGUGCUCGACUUGAAGCAACCCUUCUCGUUCACCACGGUGAAUGGCAAGGCCUCAGCUUCGCAAGAAGGUCUCAACAGAGACUUGGGCACCAGUGGUUUGGGCUCCACUAGCGGCUUGGGCACGACCCAUGGCAUGGGGAUGGCCAAUGGCUUGGGCAUGUUGGGUGCCAGCUGUGCAGAGAAUCUCGGGGGUGGCUGGGGCGGUCUGGGUGGUUUGGGUGGCUUGGGUGGUGUGGGCUGGGGGACUCCCGUGCCGGCGAUGGCCUGUCCCGGUUCAGCCCACGAGACCUCCGCGCAGAGUCGGGACUUGGAAGAGAUGCAGUCUGAGGAGGACGCCGAUGACUCCUGGGAGGAGGACUUUGAGGAUGGCUUUGAGGAUGAACAAUCGGACUAUUAUGAUGAUGAAGAUGACUAUUGA